CUUGAUUGGACUUACAUCUUCACACAAAUUAACUUAUAAGAGGGAUGCUAUAGCAGGCCUAAAGUCCAACCUUACAAAUAAAGGAUAAAGGCCGAAGACCACUAUAUUUUGGCUCUAAGACCACAUCCACAGGCAAAAUCCUAAAACCCUACUGCUGUACAGCUUUCUUUCUCCUCAUAUUUGGGUGAAAUUUAACGCAAUUUUUGGUCGGAGCACUGACGAAGAAGGUAAUGGCGGAAAUACAGCAGUCUUUUGAUGUUACCAAUGGAGGAAAGAAAAGGAAAUCUGGGAAAAAGAAGGGGAAAAUGGCGAAAAAGAGGCAAAGAGUGGUGAUGCCUCCCGGAGCAGAGAAAAAGGUUAAAGUUGAUAAGAAAAUGAGAAAAUUGUUUCAGAAAAGGGCUAGGGAUUACAAUUCAGACGAAGUUGAAGAAGACGAAGAUGAAGAUGUUGAGCAGCUCCCGGAGCCGGGACGUUCAGUUGGAGUUAAAACCGGGUUUAUGAAAAGGGAUGAUGAUUUUGGGGAUGAGCUAUCGGAUGAUGAUGAAGAGGAGAAUCAAGGGUCUGAGCCAGAAGAAGUUUCAGAAGAUGAAAAUGGUGGGAUUCAGCCCGGUGUUACGAAAUUCGCGGAGGGCAUUAAGGCUUUUAAGUUGGCAUUUAAGAAGAUUGUUAAGAAGAGUGGGGGCGAUGUAGAUGUACUGGGUCCUGUGUUAUCUGCUCAUAAGAAGUUAAUAGCUGAGAAGCUUGCUGAAGAAGAAGCUGAGAAGAAAGCUAAGGGGGUAGUGAAGAAAGAGAAGCAUUUGAGUGUAUCCAAUGUUCAUUUUGUACCUUUGUUUUGCUUGCUAUUUUUUUGCUGUGAAAAGAUAGCAGAAAAGGGACAUGUCAAGCUUGAAAACUACUUGGAUGCCCACGAAAAGCAUCUAUUAGGAGUGGCGACGAAAGGAGGAUCAGUGGUCAAGCUUUUCAAUGCUGUAAACAAGGCACAGAGUGCUCAGAGAGGUUUAAAUAUGUCGAGAUCAAAAGAUGAGAAGGGUAUGCCUAUAGAACUUAGGCUCCUGUGUCAGACUUCUGCAUUGUGCUUUGUGAUAGAUUUAGAUGGUCAAUACAUGGUCAUCCUAUACAACAACAACAUACCCAGUAUAUUCCCAACAGUAAUAAAGCAGAAGCGUAAGGAAGCUUUCUUCUCCGAGUUGGGCAAGGCACCAUCUCAAUCGUCUGGGACUGCUAUUAAGGUCGGAACUUCUGGUGGUGAAGCUCCUGCGUGGGCCCCUCUGCGUGACAAUUACAUGCUAACAAACCCCAAAUUGAAAGAUUGGGAUAAGAUGCAGGAACCGAAUACUGCUGAUGACUUUGGGAGACAAUCAGAGUCGGAUUCUUCAUCAGAUGAUAACUAAGGUAAUUUAAUUAGCUGCUAAAAGAUUCAGAAGGAACACUGUUCACUCAAAUGGAGUAAAUGUCCGAAAGAACUUUUUGAGAAGACGUACGUGGCCAGAUUAGAGUUAGGAUCAUGAUUUGCCGAUGAAGAUUCAGGGUAACACGAUCCCUAGUUUGAUGAUGUCAUCAUCCUGUUCUAUGCUAUAUUUUUGUACAAUCAAAGGCUUUUUGUUUAUUUAGUGGUCAUGUGCACAGAUUAUGUUAUUUUCAGACAAGGAUUUAUUACAAGAGUUGAAAACAUUUCUUGACAAGUAAAGAUACAGAUUUUAAUCGUACCUUAUUUGAUAUUUGAUUGAGUACUUUCAGG